UCACCUCUGCUGUGAUUUUGCAUCUGCAUCUGGAUGCUCAGCCUUGUCCGUCACAGGCCAUUCAAACUUCUUGAUUCCAAGAGGAGAUCUUCUUGAAGUCGUGACAAUGGAUGUGUGGCCUGGAGUCCUGGCUCUGUCUCUGGUGCUGCAACAGCUGCUGAUCACUGCUGUAGCUCAAGGCAUUGUUUACGACCUUCUGGCAUCGCCGGACUGCCUGCCAGACUUGCUCCAAGGAAGUUUGAAGAAUAAAGGGCGAGACGAGGCUUUCCUGCUGUCCUCCUUCAAACUUCAUCAGAAGGUCCCCACGUCCCUGUAUAGCAUCAUUAAUCCCCAAAACAACAGCAAGUACCUGGAACUCAAUGUGCAGGCCAAGCUGAGCAAGAUUACUCUGAGGUACCAGAAGGCUGACGGUAGAUUUGGCACAACCACAUUUAACCACGCCUCCCUGGCCGAUGGCAGGAACCACCACAUGAUGUUGUAUGCCAGCGGCCUGAAUCGUGGCCCACCUCGCGUCAACAUCUAUGUUGACUGCAGGCUGGUUCACACGCUGGAUGAACUGCCAGCUGCCUUCGGAUCCCUCCCACCUGGUACAAACACAGUGGCACUUAGAACGCUGAAGUCAAAUGGGCAGGGUGAAUUGACUGACAUGAAGCUGGUGAUAGACGACACCAUAGACAAUGUGGCAACACUGCAGGACUGCAGAUCGGAUCAGACUGAAGCUCUGCAGCUGUUGAGUUUCCAGGCAAGCAGAGGUGUUCAAGAGCAGACAACCAUGCAGGAAUUAAGAAGCAUGCUGGCUGAGAUGAAGGAGCUGCUCAAUGAGCAGAUUAAAGAGACCAGUUUUCUAAGGAAUACCAUUGCAGAGUGUCUUGCAUGUGGUCUCAGUGGCAAUCCAACCAACACAGGUCCACCUGCAGGCCAACACGGAUCUCCUUCCUGCCCACCUGGGACUUGUUUUCGACAGGACAUGUGCAUUCCCUCUGCAACAGGGGGCUACCAGUGUGCUCCCUGUCCUGAUGGCUACACAGGGGAUGGUGUGCACUGUGAAGACAUCGAUGAGUGCCAGCUCAAUCCCUGUUUUUCUGGUGUGAAAUGUGAGAACACUGCACCUGGGUUCCGAUGUGGCAAAUGUCCUCUGGGAUACAGUGGACCAGAGAUAAAUGGAGUGGGAAUAAUCAAUGCUCAGGCAAGCACACAGGUGUGUGAAGAUAUAGAUGAGUGCUUGAACCCACCUGAGAUUGGAGGCUGCGUCGCCAACUCCCACUGCUACAACACUAUUGGUUCCUUCCGCUGUGGAGACUGUAAAAAUGGUUUCAACGGAGACCAGGUGAGCGGCUGUCAGGGGACCAGGCUGUGUCCCAAUGGUCAGCCCAAUCCAUGCGACGCCAACGCUGAGUGUGUUGUGCAGAGGGAUGGCAGCAUUAGCUGUGCGUGUGGAGUUGGAUGGGCUGGCAAUGGCUACAAGUGUGGAAAGGACACCGACAUUGAUGCGUAUCCUGACAAGAAUCUUGAAUGCAAGGACAACAACUGCAAUAAGGACAACUGUGUGUUCGUUCCAAAUUCCGGCCAGGAGGACGCUGACAGGGAUGGGAUGGGUGACGCCUGUGAUGAAGACGCAGAUAGCGAUGGCAUCAUUAACAAAGACGACAACUGCUGGUUGGUUCCUAAUGUGGACCAAAAAAACAGCGAUAAGGAUGUACAUGGCGAUGCCUGUGACAACUGCAAAACAGUUGACAACCCAUCCCAGAGAGACACAGACAAGGACGGGCUGGGAGACGAGUGCGAUGACGAUAUGGACGGGGAUGAUUUGAAAAAUAACAUUGACAACUGCCCACGAGUGCCCAACCAGAACCAGGAAGACAAAGACAAUGACGGGGUGGGAGAUGCCUGUGACAGCUGUCCAGAUAUGCCCAACCCUAAUCAGUCUGACUCAGAUGAUGACCUUGUAGGAGAUACCUGUGAUGACAACAUAGACACUGAUGGUGACGGCCAUCAGAACACAAAAGACAACUGUCCCAAUGUCAUCAACUCCUCCCAGCUGGACACAGACAAGGAUGGCAUGGGAGACGAAUGCGACGAUGAUGACGAUAAUGACGGCAUCAAGGAUGAUGAUGACAACUGUAGAUUGGUGGCCAACCGAGACCAAAAGGACUCUGAUAGCGACAACGUCGGAGAUGUGUGUCAAGGAGAUCUUGACAAAGACAACGUCACUGACAUCAUCGACCACUGUCCAGAGAACGCUGAGAUCACCCUAACGGACUUCAGAGCCUAUCAGACCGUAGUCCUGGAUCCAGAGGGGGAAUCUCAGAUUGAUCCCAACUGGGUAGUUCUUAACCAGGGGAUGGAGAUAGUCCAAACCAUGAACUCUGACCCUGGUCUAGCUGUUGGCUACACAGCCUUCAGUGGCGUGGACUUUGAGGGAACGUUCCACGUCAACACUGUGACGGAUGACGACUAUGCCGGAUUCAUCUUUGGUUAUCAAGACUCGUCUUCCUUCUAUGUGGUCAUGUGGAAACAGACGGAGCAGACCUACUGGCAGGCCGCACCAUUCCGAGCUGUGGCCGAGCCAGGAAUACAGCUGAAGGCUGUCAAGUCCAAAACGGGACCCGGUGAGUAUCUGAGGAACUCCCUGUGGCACACCGGAGAUACACCGGAGCAAGUCCGUCUCCUUUGGAAAGAUCCAAGGAAUGUGGGCUGGAAGGACAAGGUGUCCUACCGCUGGUUUCUCCAGCAUAGACCUCAAUUCGGAUAUAUCAGGGCUCGCUUUUUCGAGGGAUCAGAUCUGGUGGCGGACACAGGCGUGAUCAUUGACACCAGCAUGAGGGGAGGCAGGCUGGGUGUCUUCUGCUUCUCACAGGAAAAUAUCAUCUGGUCCAAUCUGAAGUACAGAUGCAAUGAUACCAUUCCUGAUGACUACCAGUUGUUCAGUGCCCAAAAUGUCAACUAAAGGCUAAACGUUCACUUGGGGGCAUCAUAUACUAAACAAAUAAAGUGUGUAUCAGCAGGUAUUGAGUUUUUUUUAUACACCGUUUCCAGCAGUC